AUGAGGUGUAAAAAGAAUUUGAUACUAUUUACAUUGUUCGUUGCGAACUUAAUCGACCAACCGGCCCCAGAGGUGAGCAUUGAUCAAGGGACUUUGAUCGGUAAAGUCAGCGUGGAUGGAACGUUUUUCGAAUACAUCGGCAUCCCGUAUGCUAGUACAAACAGUAGCACGCGGUUUCAGGCACCAGGACCAGCACCAUCAUGGAAAGGCGUUUUAAAUGCUGUCGAUGAAAUACAUUUUUGCCCACAAUCUACCCUCAUCGGUGUUGUUGGUUCUGAGGAUUGCUUGAAGAUUAAUGUUUACGUUCCUGCAAUGGCUAAGCGACCAUUACCGGUCAUGGUGUUCAUUCAUGGUGGAGCAUUUAUUUUGGGCGGUGGCGGCAAGUUCCUAUAUGGUCCAGAUUUUAUAGUAAAAAAAGAAGUUAUACUAGUUACAUUCAACUACAGAAUAGGAGCUCUUGGUUUUUUAUGUUUACGAAUAAAAGAAGCACCUGGUAACGCUGGCUUGAAAGAUCAAAUAGCUGCUCUUCGAUGGGUAAAAAAAAAUAUUGCAGCUUUUGGCGGAGAUCCUGACAAUAUAACACUUUUCGGAGAGAGCGCAGGGGCUACGUCAGCUUCGUUAUUAUUAGCCAGUGAUGUCACCAAAGGACUUUUUAAUAGAGUAAUUAUUCAAAGCGGCUCUUCCCUUUCCAAUUGGGCUAUAAAUAGAAAUCCAUUGUGGGUCGCAAGUCUUCUAGCGAAAUCCUUAGGUCAUAAUACCGAGGAUCCCUUAGAAAUAUAUAAAUUAUUUUCUCAAAUGUCCGUGAGUGAAUUAGUUUUAGCCAAAGCUCGAAAGCCACUCACCAAAUACUUUGAUACGCAACUCUUACAUUUACCAUGCGUUGAAAAGACAUUUCCUGGAGAAGAAUACGUCAUUAAUGAUUUACCUUACUAUUUAUUGGAAAAAAAGUCUGAGAGUGUUCCUGUAAUUUUUGGUUCAAACAGUAAAGAAGGAUUCUUUUUAAUAUCUGGAGAUACAGAUGAAUCGCUUGAAGAGAGAAACGGCCGAUAUUUAUUUGCGUCCGAUUUACAUUUCGAAUCAGAGGAAGAAGCGGCAGUUGAAGCAGAAAAAAUUCAAAAAUUCUACUUUGGUGAGGAAAAGAUCAGCAUGAAGCAGUUAAUGAAUCUAUCAGUACUGUACACGCAGUUGUAUUUUGAAAUUCCUGCUCUGUUAGAGACAGAUGUUUUAAGGAAGAAUACUAACGCUACAAUAUAUAAUUAUUACUUUGACUAUUCUGGCAACAGAAAUUUCAUGAAGAAGCGUACUGGUUUUACUAAUGAGAGCGGGGCCUGUCAUGGAGAUGAUUUGUUCUAUUUAUUUAAUACGGUGUUACUACCGUUCAGGGUUGAUAACAAAGAUAAAAAAUUCAUAGACACAAUUACGACGCUUUGGACGAAUUUUGCAAAAUACGGAGACCCAACACCAAAGAAAACUGAUCUUGACUUUAAAUGGACCCCAAGCAGUAAUACGCAAAUAAAUGUACUACAUAUAAAUGAAGAAUUUAAAAUGGGAGCAAUGCCGAAUCCACAAGCCUAUCAUCUAUGGAAGUCUAUUUAUUAUAAAUAUCGAAAAAGAGAAAUAGAAUGA